AUGAAAAAAUCGAUUGUUGAAUGUGAUUUGGAUGAAUAAAUUGCUGAUGAAUAAACUAAUUUAAAUGAGAGGAAGGAUUAAUUAAUAAUAUAACACAAUAAAAUUAAGCAAACUAUUUAGCAUUUUUGUGAUUAAACAUAUAUCUCAUCAAGUAUAAACAUAAAUCCAUCGAAAAUUUAAAUAAUGAAUGCUGCAGUGUAUGAAGAUUUAAUGAGUUACAUAGCAAAUUUUGUAAACCAAUAAGACAUGAAUUUAGUGUUAAGCUUAUCUAGUAUUGAUCAUCAGAGUUAAAAUAGAUUACAAAAUUAUACGCUUAAACACUCAAUAAUAAUUGAAUUUGAUUAGAAAUUAUAAUAAGAGCUUUUAUAAACAAUAGAAAAAAUCCUAAUACAUGUUGGUGAAAAAAUAGAACAAAUUUGCAUUAAUGCUUAUUUACAUGGGGAUCAAAAUUUAAACAAUGAAUUGUAAGUACUACUUAAUUAAUAUAUGAAUAUUUUAUGAA